AUGAAUCGAUGCUACUCCCUCCUUUGUUCCGUGCUGAACAGCGGUAAACGUGCCCAAACGAGUUUCCCGUCGACACGGCGUACCGUAAUUCACUCACGUGUGUUGCCAAGCGAAUCCAUAACGUCUUCCUUUUCUCCACCGGAAACCACAACAGCAUCAAAAGAUAAAUCUAGAGGGGAGGCAGCGAGUAAAACCACGAUGACUGGACCACUACAAAACUUUGGCGAUGAACUUAACUUCCCAAAAAUGGAAGAAGAGGUGCUGAAGCACUGGGAGGAUAUCGAUGCAUUCAAAGAAUGUCUUAAGCAAUCAGAAGGAAAGAAACCGUACACAUUUUACGACGGACCGCCAUUCGCGACGGGGUUGCCACAUUACGGGCACCUCUUGGCUGGCACCAUUAAGGAUAUCGUGUGUCGCUAUGCCCAUCAAACUGGCCAUCACGUCGACCGCCGGUUUGGCUGGGAUUGCCACGGGCUCCCCAUUGAGUUUGAAAUUGACAAGGAAUAUGGAAUUAAAUCUUCGCAUGAUGUGAAGAAGAUGGGCAUCGAAAACUACAACAACGCAUGCCGCGCCAUCGUGAUGCGUUUUUCGGAGGAGUGGCGUAAAACUGUGACACGCAUGGGGAGGUGGAUCGACUUUGACAACGACUACAAAACGAUGUAUCUCUCGUACAUGGAAAGUGUUUGGUGGGUGUUCAAAAGUCUCUGGGAUAAGGGUCUCGUGUACAGGGGAUUUAAGGUGAUGCCCUUCUCAACGGCUUGCACCACUCCCCUCAGUAACUUCGAGGCCAACUUGAACUACAAGGACGUCAGUGACCCUUCACUAAUGGUUACCUUCAGGACUAAAGAUGACCCGAACACAUUCCUUAUAGCUUGGACAACAACACCGUGGACACUUCCAAGCAACCUGGCGCUUUGCGUUCAUCCGGAUAUCGACUACGUUAAGGUCCUUGACAGCAAGACAAAACGUCACUACAUCUUUGGCGAACCGCGACUUGGGGAGGUUUAUCCCAAGAAGAAAGGCGAUGGCAAGAAGGGCACGGAGGCAUCCCCGUAUACUAUUGUCAGUCGUAUGAAGGGGAAGGAGCUUGUCGGGACAAAAUACGAACCGCUGUUUCCCUACUUUGAGGAGAAAUAUGGAGCCACCGCGUACCGUGUGCUGUGUGACGCGUACGUAGCGACGGACUCUGGCACGUGUGUUGUGCACCAGGCCCCCGGGUUUGGUGAGGAAGAUAAUCGCAUAUGCAUCGACAGCGGUGUUAUAACGAAGGAGGAUAUGCUUUGCCCUGUCGAUGAAAAUGGUUCUUUCACCCCAGAUGUGGUGGAUUUCCAGGGUCGUUACGUGAAGGAAGCCGACUCAGACAUUAUCAAGUACUUGGAGUCAAAGGGACUUGUCCAUAGUAAGGGAUCCAUUGUUCACAGUUACCCAUUCUGCUGGCGCAGCGAAGCACCGCUGAUCUAUAAGGCGGUUGACACGUGGUUCGUGAAAGUGGAGUCUUUGCGUGAGCAACUUCUUUCUGCGAAUGAGGAAACGGAGUGGGUACCCGACUUUGUUAAGGUUAGGCGUUUCUCCAACUGGCUUGCCGACGCCAAAGACUGGAACGUUUCCCGUAACCGCUACUGGGGUACUCCCCUUCCUAUUUGGCACAGCGAAGACUGGGAGGAGGUUGUGUGCGUUGGUAGUGUGGCUGAACUGGAAGAACUUUCCGGCACGAAGGGGAUCACCGAUAUUCACCGCCAUUUCGUUGAUCAGUUAACGAUCCCAAGUAAGCGCCCGGGUAUGCCCCCACUGCGUCGCGUGGAAGUGGUCUUUGAUUGCUGGUUCGAGUCGGGCUCCAUGCCCUAUGCGCAGAUUCACUACCCGUUCGCGGCUAAGGAUAGUUUCGUUGGGGAAAAGUUCCCUGCGGAUUUUGUGGCAGAAGGUCUCGACCAAACACGCGGCUGGUUCUACACGAUGCUUGUUCUCGGCGUUGCCCUCUUUGGGCGGGCCCCUUUCAAAAAUGUUGUUGUGAACGGACUUAUUCUUGCCGAGGACGGUAAAAAGAUGAGCAAACGACUGAAGAACUACCCCGAGCCUGGAAUCAUCAUAAAUACGCACGGUGCAGACGCUCUGCGUAUGUACAUGAUCAAUUCCCCGGUGGUGCGGGCGGAACCAUUGCGCUUCAGGGAACAGGGUGUAAAGGGCAUUGUCAGAGACGUGAUGCUACCUCUGUUUAAUGCCGCAAAGUUUUUUAUUGCGAAUGCCAACUACUGCGUGGAGUUGGGUGGAAACGUGGCGACCGAUGUUGUGAGCUCCAAUGAAAUGGACCGCUGGAUUUUGGCGUCGACGCAAACGCUUCAACAAUACGUAAAGCGUGAGAUGGAAAAGUACCAUCUAUACAAUGUCGUUCCCGGGGUCCUUCGGUUCGUUGUGGAUCUUUCCAAUUGGUACGUUCGUAUGAACCGCCGUCGUAUGAAAGACACUGUUGACUUGGAGGACCGCUCGAGGGCACUCUCGACAAUGUUGAACGUUCUUUUUGCUGUUUCCCGUAUUAUUGCCCCUAUUGCUCCGUUUGUUGCAGAAAUGUUGUACCUACGCAUCAAACCACUGCUUCCACAGGAGCAGCAGCUUAAAUCGGUGCACUUUCACAUGUUCCCGGAGGACGACAUAUCGAAGCAUGACGAAGUGUUAGAGCGUGCUAUGACUCGUAUGGUCACCAUUGUCGAGCUUGCUCGUGUUCUUCGAGAUCGCAUGGUUAUUCCUAUGAAGCGACCGGUGCGUCAAGUUGUCGUUGUUCAUCCUGACGAGGCGUACCUUGAUGACGUUCGGAAAGUGGUUACGUACAUCAAGGAGGAGGUGAGUGCCUUUGAGGUUGUUCUUUCCUCCAGUGAUGAAUACGUCACAACCCAACUGGAUGCGAGCAUGGAAAACUUGGGUAAACUCUACCGCAACGAGGCACCACAAAUCCGCAAGGCGAUUCAGGCAUUGGGACCAGCAGCGGUUACUGAGUUUCUCAAAACUGGCGAAGUGGAGGUGCUCGGCAAGAAGAUAUCGCGUGACGAUGUGAAGGUGAUCCGUAAAGUAAAGGAUGGCAUAACUGACUUUGAGAGCAACACUGACAAUGAUGUGGUCGUUCUCUUGGACAAGCGAGAUGACCAAACGUUGGUGGACUCAUGGCGCGCGCGGGAGUUCGUUAACCGAGUGCAGCAGCUCCGCAAGAAGGCCAAACUCAUCGUCAAAGACAUUAUUGAGGUCUACUUCGAGACGGAGGAUCCGGAACUGACUACCUCGAUCCUCAACUGCUCUGAGCAGGUUAACAAAACUAUCCGGGGGAAAUGGGAAACAAUGGACAAGCUCCCUAAAGGGGCUAAGCUAAUUGCGGAGGAAGACAACUCGAUAUCGGGAGUUGGAAUAAGAAUUGUUUUCACACAACCGUCGGCUGGUGAAUCGUAA